AUGGACAGAAAGAAACGUAUGGAGUGGAUAGACUCGGGCAGUGCCAAUUUCUCGAACUUUUCGGCGACAGCGGACUUCGAACCAGCUCCAGCAGCCACCAGCAUCAACGGCGUUGUUGGUGCGGUGCGCGUUUUCCAGGUGUUCGCGCGCGAAUACUGCGUCACUAGCGCGAUUGAGCUGGUGGAUGCCAUCAUUGGAUUUAUUGAGGCCAAGAUUAUGGCUCUGCGCUGGGAACCGGAGGACAUACCGGCCUUUGUUUACUGGGUGAACGACGUUCUCGAAAGCUACCGAUAUGCAGUCGCGUCUUCGGAUAAAGAUCUGGGUGCUAUUCGACUUCGAUGCACGUUGGAUGACCCCCUUCUGCGUGAAAUCUUGCAAGAAGUCCAAGAACGACAGCGAGGAAAAAGGAAAGGACACGGCCCCAUUCCGCCCAAAGUGCUGCAAAAACUGCCGAAGCAGAACGACACGCAGGGAGGAAGUCGCCGGCUCUGCAUGCGGUUUCUAUCGAAUGCAGGGUGUGAUGCCGAUCUUCAUGAAGGAGCUCACGACGGCCGGGUCCACUUUGUUCCGAAAACGCUAGACGCCUUGGUCAAAGCCGAGAUCGAGAAACGCUUCGAUGGACUGAAGCCGCAAUACAAACACUUAUGA